AUGUCGAUUCCAACCAGCACCUCCGUCGUCGAGUCCGCGGUCAUCAAGGCUCCCCUCUCCCACGUCUGGCACCACAUCAAGCUCCAGGACUUCUCCAAGUUCUGGUCCGCCAUCUCCAAGAGCGAGUACGUCAAGGGAGCGAAUGAGGAGACAGACGUUGUCAAGUGGUCGUUCAAGGAUGGCACUGUGCUGGAGGUGAAGCAGGAGGAGCACAGCACCAUCAAUCACUACAUCACCUACUCUGUCAUCUCCUCCCAGCCUGAGCUCAGCUACUCCAGCGUCGUCAGCACCGUCCGUCUCUACCCGGUCACUUCUGGCGAGGCGGAGGGCAGCACCUUCGUUGAGUGGACUGGCAACUUCUCCAGCGAUGCUGAUGCUGGUGUCAUCCAGGACGCCAAGUUUAAGCGUCGUGAGGCUCUUGCCGACCUCGCCAAGGUUGCCGCGAAGAAGUAG